AUGCACGGAGAAAGAAAAGGACGGUCUUCAUCAACACCAUCUCAAUCCAUGCUUACCGAUGAAACAAAUACAAAUACAUCUACAUCAAUGGAAUCAGCUUGCCUACCAAUCGGUUGUUCAGUUAGUGCGAAAUAUCGAGGAGCAUUUUGUUCAGCUCAAGUUAAAACAAUUGAAAGACAAGUAAAAUUAAAAGUCGUAUUAGUUGAUACAAGUGAUACAAUAAUUAUUUCUGAAGAACAAAUUGCACAACCUGUUCCAUUACGUAUUGGUAAUACUGUAACUAUACGUAUACCAUUAUCAAAUCAUCAUGAUUUUAAUUCACAUCUUUCACGUAGUGCCUUAGCAACUCUAAUUAAUAAUAAUGAUAAUUACGAUGAAAAACAAGCAAUAAUUAAACAAAUUUAUGAUAAUAGUAUAUAUACAGUUGUAUUUAAUGAUGGUGAUGAAAAAUCUUUAAGACGUUCAUCACUUUGUUUACAAGGUAUACGCUUAUAUCAAACACGUAUUGAUCAACAUAAACUUCUUGACGAUAUAUCAACAACAUCAUCAUCAUCGUCAUUAUCAACAAUAACAAUGAAUAGUAAUAAUACAACAUCAAUUGUUGCUGUUCGACGUCAUAAUAAUAAUCAAAAUGUAUUUCCAGCACUAAUACUUAAACGUAAAACAUUAGCUGAUUAUAUAUGGGUUAAAAGUUUUCUUAAUGGUAGAGAAUAUAUUGUUCAUAAAACUAAAGAUGUUGAACCAUAUAAAAAUAAUUCUCAUAUUCAAUCAUUAUGUCGUUUAACAUCAAAACAAGCAACAAAAGCAUGUGAUAAAUAUAUUAAAUAUAAUCAUAUACCAGCUAUAUGGAAAAAGAAAAAAUCAAAUAAUACACAUGAUGAUCAGAAUGAUACAAGUGAUAGUAAUUCAAGUUCAAGUGAAUCUGAUUUUGAUGAUAGUGAUGAUGAAACAAUUGAACAAAAAGAUUCAUUUAUAGCACAAUUAUUUGCUUUUAUGGAUGAUAGAGAUACACCAAUCAACAGUAUACCUAAAAUUCAUAAUUAUGAUCUUGAUCUUCAUCGUUUAUUUAAAAUCGUUGGUGUGUUAGGUGGUUAUAAUAAGGUUACAAAAAAUGAUCAAUGGAGUAAAGUUUAUAUAAAAAUGGGUUUACCAAAUGAACCAUCUACAAAAAGUGGUCGAUUAAUUGAAAAUACUUAUAAAAAAUAUUUAUUUGCUUAUGAAGAUAUAUCAAAAAAAUUAGGUACAAUGAAUAUACCAAGUGCAUAUUUUGGUGGUCGUACAAGUAUGAAUAAUGAUCCAAGACGAAGUUUAAUACGUGUACGACGACAAUCAGAAGAAAAACCUAAAUCAAAACCAAUAUCUACACCAAUUAAGCAACAAUCUCGUAAAAGGCAAUCAAUCGAUUCUAAACCAACACCAUCAUCAUCACUGAAUCCUCGUCGAAAAACUAUUAUUCUUAAUAAAGCAAAAUCAUCGACUAUUCUUUCAUCAAGUACAUCGGACUCUGAAACAUCCGAUGAUGAAAAAACUAUUUCAUCAUCAUUUAAUGCCAAACAAAUAAAAAAACAAAAAAUAUUUCAUUCAAAACAAAUUCAUUCGACUAUUCAAAAAUCAUCUCUUAUUUCUAAUGAAAAGAAAACACCUACAGAAACAAAACAUUCAUCAUCAUCAUCAUCAACAUUAUCUGAUUUACAUAAAAAAAAUGAACGAUUAACUUCAACAUCAAAUAAAAAAACAAAACCAACAGCCGAUUCAGACAGCGAUAUGAAACCAGUUAUCAAAAUUGCUAAAAUAUCUGAUGAAAUGUUAAAAGAAUCCACGAUUCCAAUGUAUAAAUUUCCUAAAAAACCAACAUCUACUAAAGUAUUCAAAGUUCAUGACAAAAUAUCGAAAAAACUUUCGAAUAAAGUUAAUUCCAACAAACAACAAUCAAAAGUUCAUACACCGCCUUUAAGUGAUCCAUUACCUUCCGCAUCAAACCAACCGAAAAUAUCCCAAGAUUUAACAGUAUUACCAAUAACACCCAUACCAUCAUCAUCACUAUCUUCAAUCAAAGACGAAUCACCAACAUUACCAUCACUUUUUACUACUAUAGAAAGCAUCAAUAAUCGAAAUGAUGAUACAUCAGUUCCUUCGAUAUUUCAAACACUAAUUCCAUCAUCAUCGAUAACUAAUCAACAAACAAACGAGAUUGAAAAUUUUCAAACAAAUUCAAAUAAACGAUCAUAUUCCAAUGAAAAUUCUGAAUUCAAUGAUAAAAUAGAUGAACAAUUAUCUCCAUCAAAACGUUCUAGACGUUCAAUGUCAUCUCAAAAUAGUGAUGAAAUAUUCAAUAAUACUAAUAAUCAAUCAACAAAUAAUUGUAUAUGUAUAAAUAAUUCUACUAUUCAAUUAACAUAUGAAGAUAUACUUGUAAAUGAUACAUUACUUGUAAAAUGGGAUUUUAAUGGAAAAAAACAAUAUUAUGCACGAUGUGUUGAAAAAAAUGAUGAUAAAAAACAAUUAUAUGUUGAUUAUAAUGGAUUGAAUUCCAAAUAUCAAGAAUGGAUAGAACUUGAUAGAGUUAUUAAACGUCAAGAUGAAAUAGAUUUGAAUGAAAAAGAAAUAGUUAUUGAUAUAAGUUCAAUAUUAUCAAAUGUUGAAGAUAAUGAACAAGAUAAAAAUCAAAAUAUAGAAGAAAAUAAAAUAAAUUCAAUUGAUCAAGAUAACGGAAUAUGGACAAGUUUAGAAACUAUAUCUUCAAAUGAAGAUAACUUGAUUUCGUGUUCAUCAACUCAUCAACUUAAUGAAUCAAAUAAUCUUGAAUUUCAACCUACUUGUAUGUUAUCAAGUAGUUCAGCUGAUGAACCAAUAGAAUUACAACAACAAGCAAGUUCAUUUGAUGAUAAUGAAAAUACAAUAUCGAUAAAUAUCGCUAAUGCAUUUGAAUCUACUGAUGAUAAUGAUAAUGAAUCAAUUCAUGAUGAUGAUCAUAUUCAAGAAACAGGUUCUCAAAGACAAAUACCCAUUGACAAUAUUGAUUCAACAUUAAUUAUCAAUGUUGAGAAUAUUCUUCCAACAUUGGACACCGUGCCAAAUCCAUUGCAAGUUAAAGAAGAACCUAUCCAUACAUCUUCAACUAUUGAACAGUCAACAUCUGCUUUAAUCGAACCCAUAGCUCUUUCUCUUCCAUGUAUUUCAACGAAUAACAUAACUCCUGAUAAUCGUCGUAUAUCUACACGUCAACAAAAACGACGAACAUUCCGUGAUCCAAGUAAUACACAAGAUUCAUCUAUAUGUACAAAGAGAAGAACAAAAUUCGAUACCGAUAUUAAUAGUAAUUUCAAUAUUGAUUGUAUAAACAAUAAUGAUCAUAGUCCAAUACCAAGUGAACAACAAUCAUUAGAAAUCAAACGAUGUCGAACAGUAGGAAGACGUGGUGGCAAAAGAACAGUUAAUCAACAAGACAACGAAAAUGAAGAUUCCCAUUUGACUUCACCAAUAAACGCAACUUUAAGACAACAAUUGGAAGAUAUGUUUAAACAUCGAUCAAGUCGUUAUAAUUUUCUUGAUCUUAAUAGUAAUCUAACGGGUGAUAAUCGUUUAACGCAUCUAAAAGAUCGUAUGCGUCAAUGUCAAAAAGUGUUUUUUAAUUUAAGAAGUGCUUUAAGAAAAAUUGAAAAACAAAGAAAAGUAUUUAUUCGACGACAAAAAUUAUCAAAUACAGAAAUACGUUCCUAUGAAAGUUAG